AUGAAAAAAAAAGAUGAGGACCUUCAAGUGUCCAAUUCUUUUAAUGUUUUAAAGGACAAGGAAGGGCAAGAAAUGGUUGACUUAGAAAAUACAGAAAGAGAAAAACAAGGAGAGGUCCAAGUAGAAGGAGAGAAACUCAGUAGUAAAGACUGGGUUAACAAAAGAUUUGGAAAGAGUAAAGAAUUACAGCAAGAUCUUCAGGAAGCUGAUAAAGGAAAGGCAACAAAUGAUAAGAAUGACAAGAAAGAAGAGAAUCAGCAAGGAGAUGUCCAGCAUGAUGAGAAUGAUAAAAAAGGAAUAGAGAACCAGAAGGAAAGUAACUCAAAAAGGCUGAAGAAGGAUGAAGAAGAGAAGCAAAUGCAGUUGUUUCAUGAAGGAACAAAUGAGUUGAUGGUAUUGGAAGGGAUUUCUCUUUUAGCUAUUCAAUUAGAUAAGAUACUGGAUAGCUGCAAUGAAAAGAAAAAAGACAUGGAUGGAAGUAAUUUGGAGGACAAUUUCAAUCAAGAAAUAGCAACACUGGAAGAUAUUAUCAAAGUUAAAGAGAAGCAAUUUGAGAAGAAUCCUAGUGGAGUAAAUAGAGCAAAUUUGAGUAAGGCUCAAGCUGAAUUAAACUUGCAAUUAAAGAGGGAAGAAGAAUUCUGGAGGCAGAAAGCAGGAAGAAGGAGUAGAUUAAGAAUCAUAAGAAUACAGAAUAAAGAAGGUGAGUGGAUGGAAGAAGAACAAGAGAUAGUUGGUUCAGCUAUUAAUUUCUUGCAGAAUCAGUUUACUAACCAGGAAGAUUCAGAGGAUUUUUCAAUGCUGGAUGAAGUUCCAAGCUUAGUAACUGAGCAGUAG